GCCAUGAUGAGUGCACUUUUGCAACGCAAUUUCAGCCAGCUGCGGCUGCUGCUCUGUUCCGCCGGUCAGGUUACGCGCCUGGCAUCCAGCGGAGUGCAGCCACCGCCGGCUGGUCAGCAGGAGCAGGAGACCAGGAAGCAGAAGCGCCAGCCGCCGCCCGUAGUGCCCGAUUCGGAGAUCAAGAAGUCCGUGUUCAUCUCGCAGUCUAGCGAUGUGUUCACCAAUCUCGCUCUGGAGGAUUGGCUGUACAAGAACUUUGACUUCAGCCGCCAUCAUGUGCUGCUGCUGUGGGCCAACGAUCCGUGCGUGGUAAUUGGACGCCACCAGAAUCCCUUCACCGAGGCCAAUGUUUCGCGACUGGUGGAGCGCGGCAUCACACUUGCCCGCCGCAAUAGUGGCGGUGGAGCAGUGUACCAUGAUCUUGGGAACCUGAACUGCACGUUUUUCUCGCCCCGCGAGCGUUACGAUCGCAAGUACAACCUGAACAUCGUGACCAGGGCCUUGUUCCGCGAGUGGGCCAUCAAGGCGGAGAUAAAUGAGCGCGACGACAUUGUAGUGAUGAAUAAAAAGAUUUCCGGUACUGCGGCCAAGCUGGGACACCCGAACUCGUACCAUCACUGCACCAUUCUGGCCAGCGCCAACAAACUGCACUUGGGCGAAUCUCUGGUGCGGGAGCCGGCCAAUUACAUAAGCAAGGCCACGGCUUCGGUGCCGUCGGCCAUCCGUAACCUGGUUGAUGUCAAUCGCACGGUCAACGUUGCUCAGCUGCGCUCCGCCGUGGGGUACGAGUAUUUGAGGACGGCUGCAACCACGCUUGAGGACGGCGGCAGCACGCAGACGAUGCAGCAGCGCGGCUUCCAGCUGGUCAAUCCCACGGAGAAAUGGUUCCCCGGCAUUGAGGAACUGCGCUCCAACUACAGCUCCUGGGACUGGGUCAUCGGCAAGACACCCAAGUUCACCGUGCAAAAGGAUCUGGAGGUGAAGGGCGACGAGCAGGACAUGAAGCUGAAAUUAAGCGUGGAAGUGGAGGCGGGAUUAAUGAAAGAGAUCGGCAUCCAGCUGCCGCAGAGCGAUCAGCUCGUCCCGGUGGUCACUCCGCUCCAGGGCAAACCCUACAACGAGGAGAGCCUGAACGGCAUACUUGGCGCCCUUAAGCUCGUGAGCGCAUCGAAUGUGAAGCAGGCAAUAAACGGAACAGCUUGAUUUCUGUUGUGUUAGCUCGAAAAAAAUAACAACAAAAAUAUAUAAUCCUUUUUAGAGCACUAACCACGUUAUCGUAGAUAUAAUCUUUCCAAGAAACCAUAUUACUAACAUAGUAUUUAAGCGUUUUACAAACAAACUAUUUACUUUUGUUACCACGUUUUAUAUAAAAGAACUGCAUUAAAUGUUUAAACAUUGAAUAUCAAA